UUUUUUAAUUCUAAAAUUUUGUUCCCUCAGUGCAUUGAUAAAGAGCAAGGCUGACUUCCAAAACGUAAAUUUCUUUGCAUACGUACAAAGUAUAAUGUUCCAUAACGCCGAACUACAAAACUACAAAAUAUUGACAAUGUAUACUGUUCCAAAACGCAUCUGGUUACCAUUGUUGUUUUAGAAAUGAAAAAUUCAGAAAAAUUUUUCAUUGUGUAGUGCAUUAUUGAUAGUCAAACCUAAGUGUAAGCCUAAGCUAGUUUAUUGUAACCUGUUCAAUUAUUGUGAACGGGCCACUAUAAUAAUCAAAUGGCGAAAAGAGCGAAUAAACGGCAAUUGGCAAUCGACAUUUAAAGCGUGUGGACGUGCUUCACUACAACGUCAGGUGUGGUACGAGCCAAACUUAAAUAAAAGAGUAAAUUACUUCCGAAUACUUCCGAUUUAAUAACUAAAGCUGCCGUAAAGAAAAAUGGUUGAUUAAAGUGCCGCGAAAUGGAAAACAACGCGAAAAACAAAAUUGCACAAGCGAUUACGGACACGGGCGUCACUGUGCGUAAGUCAGCAACGGAGGAGGAAGUCAGGUCACUCCUACACGACAUAGUGGGAGCACCACCGCGUUCUCAAAACAUCCGCAGCGCUGAUCCAGCACGCGGAGCCCCAGCAGCAGAAUCGCAACAAGGCGCAAACAAUGUGCGAAAUCAGCAGCAAAAAUCGCCGUGUAAUCCUAACGGCGACAAGCCGUUAGGCGAGAGGAACGGUAGUAACGACGAAGGUGACAUUGAAGGCGCACGUGGUACAGUACACGGCGACGAUUUUAAGUUGGAGGAAGUACGCAGCGAUAGGGAUGCCGAUAUGGGGGUGAAUACGCUGGAUGAGUGCUUACAAAUGCUGCGGCUUAAGAAAGCCUUAAAUGACUUUCCCACAUUCAAUUGCAAAAAAAAACCAAAUACAUAUAACUACUCGUUAACGGAUAUUGAAGUCUUAGUGCCAAAAUUCAGUGGAGAUGAUGACAAAGAUGUGCGUAAGUGGGUCGACGAAUUCGAGUAUGCAGCUAAUACGUAUGGGUGCGACGAUGACCGGAAACUUCUGUUAGCACGUCAACUACUAACAGGGAGUGCAAAAAUGCUCGCCGAAAUUGUGCCACGUACAUGGCGCGAACUGAAAACGCACUUAAGGGACGAAUUUGCGAAAAUUCCUAGCUACAGAGACACCGUAAAAACGCUUGAAGCUCCAUCAGCGACAACGACUUGGUGGAGUUUAUAGUUGAAGGUUUGCGAGACAAAACCGCAUGCGUCUCAAUUUUGUAUUGCGUAACAACAUUGACGGAGCUGAAAAAAAUUUUACCCAAAUACGAAAAAUUGAUUAGCAACGUGGGUGAGCAAGCAGCUAAAGCUGAACAACGAACGCAACAAAUUAGAAGCUACACUUGCUCUGCAUAUGGACAUUAUUCAGCUGAUUGUAAGAAACCUAGACGACAAAAGGGAUCGUGCUUCAUCUGCGGAGAGUCGAACCAUCUACAUGGCAGCUGCCCGAAGAAGGUUGUUUGUGCAGUUUACGAGGACGACCAGUGGGAAGAGGUUAACUUUAAGGAAAUGUCCAACUAAUUUCAUAAAGAAGUCUUGGUUUAACGCAAAUAUACUCCAAUACGCAGUUAAGCAGUUCACCCAAUAUAAAACCUUAAGAAAUACAAAUUUAAAUUGUUUCAGGGAAAUUAAUUUACUUAUGAAAUAUCGUUACAUUGUGAAGUUUUUGAGUUUUUCAAUUUUGGCGGACGACGCUAUGCCGUGUCCAAUAAUCUUAGGAAGAGAUUUUUUACGUUCAUUCAAAAUUUACCUUUGUAUUAAA